AUGGCUGUGAAUAAAUGCAUAAAAUUUCUCCUCUUCUUCUUCAACCUCCUUUUCUGGGUGAGUCUGGAAACCGGAACACGGUUUAUUAUGAUAACUUGUGCAUCUUUUUGUGCUUGACAGGUGAUUCAUGGGAAAUGUGUUACAUCAAAAAAGAAACAUUGGAUCAACUAUUUUGAAGGGUUAAUGUUAGAUUAAUGAAUACCUGUGUGCUUUUGUUUGAACAUUUUUACAGAAAAUGUUGACCUACAUAUCAGUUUCGGUGCAUUUUUUAUUGAGUGCACCGUGGUUGAAUGUGUAGAUGUGCCUCUGAGACAUUGAUUUCUACUUUAAAGCUAAAAAGUGAUUGAAAAUGUUGGAUUUUUUUGUUUUUGUAUCUGUUUUCCGUGCUUUUUAAUGCAAAUUAGAACUUUUCUUCGGCUUUAUUUCUAUCUUGGUUUCAAUCUAUCUCAGUGCUGCAGGUGAGUUUUCAUGGGGGUGACUUUGGUUUUUGAUCUAAUUUUGCAGCUUUUUUUUUAAUCUUCAUAACUCUUUCUGCUUCUUCCUUUUGUUGGGCAUUUUCUUGAUUGUUCUCUUUCACUAUUUACAUUCUCUAUUUACAUUUCUGGUCUUGUUUGUGUUUCCCUGAGUACAGCAGACGGGUUUUGUUGCGUCUUUUUCAGUUUCUUUAAUAUUUUAUGACUCACUGCUCAGUCGCUCUGCUCUUUUAUAACUACCUACAGACAAUCACUUCCUUUUAUCUUCCCAGUCUGCAGCUCGUUGGUGCAGAACAGGUUGUGUGGGCUCUUUUAAGCCUCUCACUCCAUAAAAAAAAACAAAAAAAAACAAACAUUAGUUCAGUUUCAGGGCGUGGCUCCAUGCUCGGCCACUCGCAUCGCCACUCCUGCAGGUUCAUGUUACUCCAGCCUGUGGUUAGAUGUUGUCCUGCCCUCAGUCUUCAAUGUAAAGACGUGCAGUGUUUCCCAUUUAAGCUGCAGCCAUCACUGUUUGCAUAAAAACUGAACAGUCUACUUUGUUUUCUUAGGUGGGAGCCUCCUUUUAAACUGCUUGUUUAAUCUAUACCUUCUUGCUCAACACAAACCUGACUGCACUUGUUGAAGGUUAUUUGUCACAGCGCUGUAAAAAUCCAUAUAUUAUAUUUGUUCAUCCAAAAAAAAUGAAGGUGUGGCACAAACUGAAGAGGCAGCUCAUCAAACGGGAUGUGCUGGUUUUAUCAGCACUGAGUUAUGGAGUCUUUUAAGAAUGAAAAACCAACACAAAGAUUUCAAACAACAUCAAAUCGUUGUGGUUUCUUUUGUGUGGUGUAUGUUUGAAGUUUACAUCAAAUCAUAGUGCUGUGUUUGGUUCAAGACUUCCAUUACCUCAAAAGAAGCGCUUAAGACACCAUCAAGAUGAUGUUGCAGUUGAAGCUAAUGAUUUAGGACAUGCUCACAUGACUUCAAUUGGUCUGUUAAAUUGCAAAGAAAUGUUUGAAAUCGACUCCUUCAUUCCUCUCAUAGCAAAAGGACAUUGGUAAACCAGCAUGAAUUGGUGUAACAUGUGAAGCCAGGUUGAAUGCAUCACUAUUCUUCAACAGAAGUGACUGUAAGACUGUCAAAAGGCCUGAACCCAUGAGCAAACAGGUUGAAAGUCAAGCUGGCGCCAGUUCGUCCUGUAAAUACAUCAACAUUGUUUUAAAGUUUUCUACCUCAAGCUAAUAAACCUUAACCUGCUCUUACUAGCGCUUAAGCUCACCUUUAUGACCAACAUCCAGACAUUUGAACACUGGACCUCUGUCUCACAAUUGUCCGUGAGCUAAAACUUUGUUCUCUAGUUCAUCAAUGUUAAAACUUUUUGGAGUCACAAGCUAUCGAGUAAAUCUGGACUGAAGGACUUAAACAUUUUCAAAGGCCUGAUGCGUAACACGGUAAACUUAAACACCUCUUAUUAUCAGUCUUCUUUAUAUCUUUUACAGACAGGCUAUCUUAAAUCAGAAUAAAGUAAAAAAAUGAUUUUCUAUUGUUUAAAGUUACCAAAUCUCCUUUUACAUCUUUCUGCCAAAUAACAGUGUCAGAGUUUUUCCAGAAACCAGUCAGAACCUUCAGCUAAAUUUUGUCGAACUAAAACGCCCACUUAGUGAGCAUCUGUCCUGCUGACUGCUACAGUUAUUUCAGUCCUCUCUCAUGUUCCCAGAAAUAAAGUUAAAUCAAUGUUAACUGGAUUCUAACCGCUCAGAGGACAGGCUGGACAUGAUGUGUUUGUCUAAUGAUGAUGAUGGUGAGGGUAGGGUGGGGUUUCUGUUUACUGUAAAGCCUUUCUGCUGGAGUUUGUGGAUCCGCUGGAGCUUUCUGUUGUAAAGUUCUACUUCAUGAGUAGGAAAUGAUUUCACCAUAAUGUGGCCUAUGGGAAAAAGGAGCAAGGAGGGAAUAUUAGGAAGAUGGAUUGACGUUUCCAUCUUGUUUCUCAUGGAGUCUUGGCAGUCUUUGCUCUACCUGCAGUGGUUUCUGUGGCCAAACACCUCACAGAAAAACACGUCCAAAUACAUGACAUCUUGUCAAACUCCGGUGCAUUUAGAGCCUGUGAUGGAGGAGGAAUAACCAAUCAUGUGAAGUUCUGUCUGUGUGCAUUAACGCCUGUUAGCUGAAAGCAAAGUACUCAUAUGCACCAUGCAUUAUUGAUACUGCAUUAAGGGACUGUCCCUGCAGAGGAAAUAGAUGAUCCCAACAGAAAGAAAAGGCAUCCUGGCUCUGUAGUAAAUCACAGGCAAGUAGUAAAUAAAUACAUCAAAGCUGUUUUAAUGCCUGAGGUUAAGUUGUGGAAUAGGACUGCUGUAUGUUUGGUUAUGUUAUGGUUUCAUUUUACAGUUAGAAGGAAAAGUAGUACUUCUGUUGAGAGAAUGACCCAGCUUAUGUGUUUUUAUUCCAAUCAUCUUCUAUUUUGCUACCAUUUCGGAUGAAACACUGCAGUUUACAGCAUCUUGUCCAUUUCCAUAUUAUUUUAUGUAUUGAUUGAUUGUUGCAUAGACUUUAGGACAAGAUGUUGCUCCACUUUGGGGUCCAGCAUCUUCUCAGGCUGCUGUUACGUCUGUACCCAGUGACUGAGAUCCCAGUGAUUAGCCUUAUCCUGCCAGCCAUAUCAUUUCCUGGAUAUGGUGAUUACAUGUACACUGAGAACCUACCUGGUAAUGUUUCUUCAGUACCUUCUAAUUUUUCUGGACUUGCUCCACCGAACAUGUUGGGAAGCCAACGUCGUGUAUCCUGUUAACCACAGACUCCAAUAGAUCAGAGUUCUGAUGCUUUCCACCACCUUAACUCCCAAUUAUGAAUAAUACUUUGAUUACAAAGAAAAGAACUGAUUUUCUCCUCAUCAGUUCAGAAAGAAGAUGGUCGUACUGGUGCCACCAUGUUUGAUUCACUGACCCGUGGCUUGGCUGAGGCUGGGCUUUCAUAUAGCUAGUCGACAGCUGUCAGAAACCAGGGUAAUAGUGAAUUCUCAAGCUCUGAAAAAUCUCUAUCUUACUAUGAAUAUGACAAGAACAUACGUUCAGAUUUUCUCUAGAGACGUUGGUUUAUCCAGCUUCCCUAUCAUAAACUACAUCAUGAUGUUUACCAGUGUAGAAAGCUGAUGGAAAUUAGCGCUUCCUUUCCAAUGUGUCAGCAGGCAAAGUGGUACAAUUUGGACAUGUCAACAAAAAUAGGCCCCGCAUUACUGCCACAAUGUCAAAAGGCAGAGGGUAUAUGUUAUUUCCAGUGUCAACAGGCGGAAGUCCCUAAUUUACUGCCACAUUGUCAAUAGGGGAAGAAGGUUCAUAUUCACACGGUGUCAACAGGGAAACGUCCAUCAUAUUUGCCCCAAUAAGCAGAGGUGUCUUGGUUUUACCUCAACAGGCAAAGGUCCAAUGAUUUUGCUUGAGACUCAAUGUUUCUGCCUGGUCACUGCAGGCAGAAGUCCAAGUCUUUGCAAGUGUGUCAACAGGUAGUGGUCCAUCAUCUUUGCCACAGUGUCAACAGGCAGAGAUAAAAUGUGUCAGACUUACUUUCUUGGAUUUAUUUGUCAUGACAUUUCUGAUGAUAUCAUCCCUGAAGCUGCUUUUGCUGUUGAGAAUUGAUCAUCGUUGUCUUGGGGUUUUGAAUAUUCAGAAUCAAGUAUUAAGCACAGAGAGGUUGAAAUGAAGAGGUAAACUUUUAAAGGUGAAUUUCAGUGUUUUUCAACUGUGAAUAUCCCAGACCAUAAUGUGUUUUAUUCAGGUUUGAAUGUUCAAACUGAAAGAGCUGCCCGUUGAUCCUAAACAACUUAACAUGAUAGCUCAGUGGGCUCUUGACAACCUGCACAGUUGUUGCUGACUGUAGUUUUGUAUAUAUGUGUGUGUGUGUGUGUGUGUGUGUGUGUGUGUGUGUGUGUGUGUGUGUGUGUGUGUGUGUGUGUGUGUGUGUGUGUGUGUGUGUGUGUGGUAUAACUGUGCUACAGUCCUGUCUGUUUUGGAUUAACACUGAACCCACUGGAUCAGUAACGCAGUGACUCAUUACAAUUGUGUUUGUUGUUUCCUGUGAGUAACUCCUGAGGAAUGAAACACCCACAUACAUAUAACCUGACAGACUAAGCGCGCGUUCAGUCAGUGACCUUGUAAUUAUUGUCAUUAUCAUAAAGUUUCUUUGUUGAUUCCAAGAAGCAGAUGUGCUUCCUUUAGGAUGAACAAAAGUUUUAACAGUACAGUUUGAAACAUGAACAGGCGCCCAGCAGAGACAAAAAAACUCACACAGUUGACCAGCAUUAAAAGUGAAGACAUCUUUACCUUUGAUAGAACUGAUGGACAGCAUUUCAAACCUUGUUAUAGGAAUGUUUCUGACAAUUAACUUUUGACUGAAUUAUGAUCUUUCAUGCAGUUUUAAUUUUGAAAAAUGAACAAUAAUCUUGAUUAGACAAAAACUAUGCUGUAGAAAUCAACUCAACAAUGGCUAACGCACAUUAUUACCAGUUCAAUCAAUUCUAAUCUUGAGUGGAUGUUAUGCAGAUUAACCAAAUUCUGUUUCCAAUGUUACCCAGUUUAAAGGGAUAUUCUGAUAUAAAAUUAAUUUAGGGUCAAACACACCGUAACACCGAGUUAGACACCCCCUCGAGAGAUGAAUGUUGCCGACCGCUUGCUUCUCUAAUUAUACCAACUUUAGCAAUGACCGCACAAUGGCAAUACACAGCUGUCUGAAGAGCCACACAUAAACUUCAACAAAAAUACCACUCUAUAGCCACAAAUAAUACUUAGGACAGCACCUAACUUCAUUAACAGUACAUAUAGGGUCCCAGCCAUAGUACUAGCCACCAAACAUCUUUUUAACCUUGCCUGAUUUCUUUAGCAAAGAGACUAAACACAACUCACCCACUCUCUUCCAGCAGCCGUUGGUUUGUAGCCAGACCUCGACCAGUCCAUUACUGACUGCAGCGGGGUUACGCAGCUCAAGGAAGAACAUUUAUGAUCAUUUCUUCAUGGAUAUGCAAUCAGACCAAGUCGCUAAGGCAGAAGAACUACCACGUCUGCAGUACAAAAUGAUUAUUAUGGUGAUUAUUACUUCAAGAAAAUGAUAAAGUAGUGAUCAUCAUAAUCAGAUGUUAUCCUGGUUAAUUUGAACUCUAGUUAAUGCUAGUAUUGCCAACUGUAACAAUGAUAAAGUAAUCUGAGACAGCUGCAAUGCCAAUUCAAUAAAGCCACUCUAACCGUUGUUUUUACAUGGGUGUGAUUGUGGUCUGCCAUCACCAUGUUGCUCUACAGGUUCACUUUGUGUUCAUAGUACGGUGAGGCGACUUUGAUUUAAUCUCCCAGUCUUCAUUUGAGGAUGUUAUAAAGAUCAACUUAACCUGAAUGCCUUUAGUUAAGUUUAGUGAAGUUCUAGAGCCAGACCUCUCCUGAAACUGGACUAUAAAAUACAUGUUAACACAUUAGUGUGACUGAAAGCACACUUACUCAAACUUCUCAGCUGGACUAAUAUACCUGAACAAUGUGACUGAGGUUCAGUGUUCUCCUCCAUGUUUAUGAGUCAAUCCGAUUGAAGUUGAACAGCAGAAGCUUGUUGCUAGGAAGCAAUGAAGUAUGCAAAACCUUGAUGGAAGAAAAAAAGAUGAAGCUGUGAUACGGUGUCUUAAAAAGGUCUGUUCAAAUGCCGACAGCAUUAACAAGCACCAAGGGCAACAUUGUCUUAAAAUCGGUCUCACUUCAUCAAGGAUUUUCUGGGUCUCCAUGUCGGUGGUAGUGUUGCAACUUCAUGUUUGCAAUCUACAUUUAUGCGACUCACAGAUGUAGACAGUUGGCAUGAUGUGUUUUAGUGCGCUUAUCCCCAUAUCACAGUUGAGAUUGUGAAAAAUAUUAAAUUCAGCCUUUAUUCAAAAGAGCAACAAGAAACUUUACAGGUACAAAGGAAGAAGUUAAAGACGCAGAAAUAGAGGCUUUCUUUCAUAUCUGUUGUUAAACCGGUGUGAUCAGUCAGAGCGAUUGUAGUUUCUGUUGUCUUUAAAAUCUCCAUUGGAUGAGGGUGGACGUCUCCACAACAAACUCACGGUGGAGGUUUUCUUUGAGUUGUGUUUCUACCAACACACCUUUUUAUUUGUCAGUAAAACAGUCUAAAUUUUAGGGGCCAACACCAAAAACUGAUCCACUAAGCUGAAUUUUAAAGAUGGUAAAAGUGUGUUUGGACAAAUUCUGCGUUUAAACUGACAAUGUGAGCGCUAUUCACACUGUUCUUCCUCUUAAACCCCAAUUAUGAACCACAAUUAUCCUAAAUGUGAUUUUUUGGAGGGUUGGCGAGCAAACAGACUUAACCUUUUGACAGACACGUUUUUAUAUGGCGUUUAAAAUAUGGCUGCACUUGUUUUAUUUAGGACUGUGUUGGUAAGGUUGUGAGUCAAAAAGUUCCACAUUAAUUCAGCUUUCCUGGAUCUAAAUAAAAAUAGACUGAGGGUGUGGUGGAUCAGUGUGUGUGUGCUCAGAGGUCACGUCCUUUCUCUACUUGUCUCAUUUCUUUCCGUUCAUUCAGAAGUCGACUGAACCAUUCAUCAUUUUCUCUUAAAUGUAAACCAAACAGAUGAAACACAAUAUAAAAGAACAUGUAAAACAAUGACUGCGGAGAAAAAAACAGAAAAAAGUGACGUUUGAUUUAGAACACUGCAUAAAAACAUGGUUAUUAGGGGAGACUGGGGGCAGUUGUGACAUUUUUUACCUGUACAUGAAAAACUUUGAUCAUAUUUUUAUGUAAGAAACAAGUUAUAAGAAAAUGAAUGAUUGAAUAUAUAAUAUUUUUGUAUGAAAGAUAAUAAAUUAAACUUUAUUUUUCUCCAAGUCUAAAGUUUGAGAAAAAACUGUGUUUACACUCGUUUUAUUUUAUUUUAUUUUUUUGUUUGUUUGUAUUUUUAGGUCAAUUUUUGUUUGUAUUCAUUCCCUCAGAGAAAGUCAUGACUCUUCCUCUCUUCUCUUUCUCGUCCUGACACUGUAAAGAUGAAAUAUUGAUGCGGGAUAAUCACUCACAGCAGCGCAUUUGUGUCCGCUAAUUGUUUGACUUGUGAAUAAUAAAUAAAUGACACCCAUCAGCGCUAAGCCCCGCCCACUGAAGAGCCAGACUGAAGACUCUUUCUCUGGUCCUCACAAUUUGGAUCCUUUCUGUGUUAAUUUGGAUGAAUUAAAUUUUUUACAAACCUAAGAAAUAGUGUCUUUAAUGAUAAAAACACGUGAACUUCUAACUGAUUUAAGAGAGAAAGGAUUUUUCUUUUGUAUUAAAGAAUCAUCCUUUUGAAUUCAGGACAGUCAGCGUGUUUGUGAUCAGUGAGUUUGAGUCACUGCAGGUGUUCUCCACCAGAUGCCGCCAAAUUCCCACCAAUUUAAUCCUCUCUUGAAGUCUGUUGUUAAAUAUAUUGUGUUUAAAUGUUUUGUUCUCUCUGUCUCUUUGCAGAUCAGUGGCAUCAUCAUCCUGGCUGUCUUUAUCUACCUGAAAGUGAACAAAGAUGGAAACGCGGUAAGACUCCCUUAAUGAUCAAUCUGUCAGCUCUCAGAUUUUGUUUAUUUUUUCUAGUCAAGGAAGAAAAGAAAUUUUAAAAAACAUCAUUUGUGUCUCAGAUUUUACUCGUUUUUUUCUCCUGGAUAGGUUUAGGUUUUUACGCCCCAAUUUAUUUUCUAUGUCAAAGAUAUAUUUCUGUAUUCUCCAGUUUGAAAACCGUUGAACCAUCUUCCCCUCCUCUUGUCCUCAGAUUACUGAUGAAUCGAUAGCCGGCAUAGACCUGAUGAUCGCCAUUGGAGUCAUUGUCAUGGUGCUCGGCUUCCUUGGCUGCUGUGGAGCAAUCAGAGAAAACCGCUGCAUGCUGUUACUGGUGGGUAACAUCGGAUAAAUAGCUCUGCGUCAUUUCUUGAAUAGUUUUAUGAAAAAACAAUUAUUCUGUUUUACCUUGGAUGUUAAGAUAAUCAAAAAAUUAAUUGAACAAGUCCUUUAUUUUCUUUUUACUUUAUUAUGUUUUGUACUAUUCUUACAGUUCUGUAAAAAAGCCAUUGCUCCCUUACAAAUAUCCUCUGUUUUUUUGUCUCACAUGUUUCCGAUCAUCAAACAAAUUUGACUAUCAGACAAAGAUAACCUGAGUAAAUACAAGAUGCAAUUUUUAAAUGAUGAGUUCAUUUAUUGAGAGAAAAAAAACAAUUCAAACCAACAUGGCCCUCUGUGCAAAAGUUAUAACCCUCCAAACCUAAUAGCCGGUUGUGCCACCUUUGCAAUCAAUUGCUUGCGAUAAGUGGCAAUGACUCUUUCACAUUGCUGAGGAGGAAUUUUUGCCCCCUCUUCUUUGCAGAAUUGUUUUUAUUCAGGCAUUCUACAGAGUUUUUGAUCAUGAAGGGCCUUUUUACGGUCAUGCAUUGGCAUCUUAAUGCAACCUUUUAGCUUCAGCAUAACCCCCUGUGAACAUACAACACUCUUAAGCAACACUUGCUUACAACACUAGCUCUGACUGUUGACUUUUUUGUAUUUUUCAGAUAGUGGAGACUUCUUUUCAGCCUAAAUCGACUUUUAAAUGCCUAAAUAAAUAACCUUGUUCAUUUUUCACCUCUGGUUCUUUUAGUUCUUCAUCAGUCUUCUCAUCAUCUUCAUUCUCCUGCUGGCAGCAGGUAUCAUGGGAGCUGUGGGGGAGGACAAGGUAAGACAAGAAGGAAGUGAUUUAAUGGCCUCAGGAACAAUUUCUGACAUUAGCAGCUAUUUCUUACUGUUUCGCACCAAAUGCAUCCAUUAUUUACUUUCUUUUGACAUUGCUGUUUAGAUCUAGAAAUUCAUCAGUAAAGUUACAUUACAUUACCAGUUUUACCUGUUUGUUUGGAUGAUAUGUGAUCCAUAGAUUUAAAUGACAUAAGUAUGCAACUCAACAGGCAUGUCUGUCUGAACAUGUAAGUUGACUUGGCAAAAAAAAAUCCUUUUGCUGGUUUUUGAUCAAAUGCAGUUAGCAUGUUGAAGACAAUACUUGUUUCAUCAUCCUUGAGUGUCACUGUUUUUGUAAUAUUUUACUUUUUAACAUCUGCUUUUAUUUUAUUCAUUGUUUUAAUUUUUUGGUUGUUUUUAAUGUCCGUGUUGUUUUGUCUAUUUAUGUACAGCACUUUGUUCAUCUGUGGUUGUUUUAAAGUGCUUUACAAAUAAAGUUGAGUUGAGUUGAGUAAGAAAAAUAAGAUCAAGAAAAUGUAUGGUAAAAAACCUCAUUUCAGACCACUGAGCGCUGUAUUUUUUCAUUGGUACUUGUUUUUUUUAAUAGUUUUGUAUUUCCACCUGUAUAUCUGUCUUCACAUAUUGGUUACAAAAAACACUUAAUAUUUUCUGUAUGCAACUUUUUUUUUUUUUUUUUUUUUUACAGUAACAAGUAAAUGGAUUUAUAACUAAUUGUAUUCUAAUGAAAUUUACUUGUUUUUGUUAAUACAAAGGUGAAGGACUGGAUGAAGAAGCGUCUGGAAAAAUUCACGCCGCUGUCAAAACAACCUGAAAACGUGAAAUCUGACCUGGAGAAACUGCAGCGAGAGGUAACACACACUCACACUGUUGAGUUAAUAAAGACAAUAGUGGUGACAUCUUUGCAGGGCAAAGCAUUAGACAUGUUCAGUUGGUGUCACUAAGAAAAUUUACUAGAGGGAGCGCUCACAUCAGUUUGCCAUGAAGUUGUUUUUAGGUCAAGCAGAAGAAUAUACACUCAGGAUUUAUAUCUAAUUCCAAGUAUCUGCAGACAUAUUUUUAAGUUAAGUUUAUAUGUACUAAUAUAAAGCAAGCUUUAAUCCACAUAUUGGUCAAGACUGAUACUUUUACAGAAUUAAAAUGUGCAUGUACAGACAAACUUUAAGUAGGUAUUUUCCGACUUAAAGUCCUGGUUGUUGAAUAUUUUUAUCUUUUUUUGGCUCUACAGUUAGACAUACCGUGUUGAGGUGUUGAAGUAGUUCAGCUCCAGUCCAGUCAGGGUUGGAUGAUUAGUUACUUCUGCUUGUACAGCACUCCUGGGAAUUCCUAUUGAUUUAAAUGAUCUUUUAAAAUAGAUGAAAUUUGGGUUUUGGAUUUAUAACUUUGCAAACAGCUGAUUCUGAUGUGCUUUUCUUUUAGCUGCAAUGUUGUGGUCUUGUGAAUGGACCCGCAGACUGGGAAAACUCGGUUCCUGCUUCCUGUCUCUGCAACACCACGUUGACAGAUUGCACACCUGGUACCCACUACCAAACGGUGAGACCAGAAAACAAAAGUGAAGCCACAUAUAUUAAACUGUUACUGCACACAGUUUUGUAUAUUUAACCUUUUGUACGAUUAACCUUGUCAGAACUUAACUUGUUUUUAACCGUGUUGUAGGUUUAACACCCAAAUGGACCAUUAAGAUGUCAACUUUUGUACAACAGACAAAACACAAACGCAUGUAAUCAACGUGUUAUUAACUGUGCCGCUUUCUCGUCCUGCAGCCCUGUGCUGAAGAAAUUGUGCGACUAAUGCAGAAAAACAUGGAGAUUGUGCUGGGGAUUGCCUUUGCCAUCGCCAUCCUGCUGGUCAGCACAAAGACACACACACAAAGACACACAAAGACACUCAAAAAGAGGCUCUUCACUGUCAUUAUAAGGAUGUAAAUAUUGUUGGUCAUGAUCAGUAAAGACAGCCAAAGAAAAAAAAAGCCUAAGUCAAACAUCUGGAUCGUCAAGAGAAAAAAAGUAUUUGCAAGACAGUCAACAAUAUGUGAUUAUUUCUACUGGUACAUCUUGAGACUAACAAACUAAUAAAUCACAGCUUCAGUACAAUUUCCAGUUAGUUAAGGAGGGUAUGAUCAUGAAAUAAAGAAGUAAAGCGGAUGUACAAUAAGUUGUCAUCUGCAUAACAAGAGAAAAAUGUUUUGCUUGCGGAGUUUUCAACUCACCUCUUCCAUGAACUAACAAAAAGAAGAUGACCAUAGACUGAACCUUGAGGAACACCACAAGAAGAAAAAAAUGAGGCAGUUGUGGUUGAUAACCUGUGCUUACAUCAGACAAUUUAAGAGUUACAGUGUUUGAAAUGGGCAAUCAUACAACCAUUCAGAACCUUUCUUUUUGAUUAACAUAAAAAAAUGAUUAAAUUUUGAAUCAUGGUUUCUGUCUCUGAUGUAGGUUUUCUCAUGUAUUUUCUGUCCUUGCAGAUUUUCGGCAUGGUCUUCGCCAUGAUUCUCUACUGUCAGAUCGGCAGGAAGGAUGUCGCCACCAGUCCCUCCACCAAUGCUUGA